UUAUAGAUGCGUACACAUUAAUACUUACAAUUAAAUUCCUUAUGCUGAACUUCAGCCUCUUAAAUCCACGAUCCACCACCUGUAAAUCCAACAUGUUCUUACUGCCCUUCUCGGCCUUUUGGGGGCGCUGACGGGACUGUUUGUUUAGGUCACUGAUGGAAUGUGAGGAGGGCAGGUGGAGUGUGUGUGCGUGUGCGUGGUGUGUGUGUGCGCGUGUGUGUGUGUAACAAUACUGCUCUGAGUGACGAGUACACUGAGGUAGGAGGGCCAUCAUGAUAUCACUCGCAGGGGGUUGUAUAAGUAGAUGUCCUGGCAAGAAAGUGAACACAAAGCACCUGUUGCAGCUCCUCAGCCUCGACACGGUCCAGCUUAAAGACUCGUCUACACCUCCUGGAGCGUGUCAACUGACCGCUGCUGCCUUCACACAUCAGAACAUCAGACACAGGAUGAGGACCAUGGCUUCUUUCAUGUGCAAUACGAUGGUUUUAUUCUUCAUCUGCAUGGCUCUGCAAGAGAGUUGUGGACUCCCGUUAUCAGACCGGGAAGAGCUGCCAGCUCAGGCUGCUCACAAACACCGAGUCAGGACCAAACGCUGCUCCUGCAACAGCUGGGAUGAUAAAGAAUGCAUCUACUUCUGCCACCUGGAUAUUAUCUGGGUCAACACACCAGGUAAGCUCCUUCCUUACGGCCUUGGAAGUCCCCUGUCUCGUCGGCGCCGCCGUUCAGCUGAGAGAUGCGAAUGCCGCGACUCGGCCGAUAAAACCUGCUCCGGCUUCUGCCAUGCAAGCUCAAAGACUCCAAGGACGAAUGUCGUGGGCCCGUUGGUGCAGUCUGCAAGCACAAACAGCAACACAUUGCUGGAAUCCUUCAGAUCUGUAGUCAAGUCCAACUUUGCGGUCGCAAAAGAGGUUCUGUCAUCAAGCAAGAACGCGGGUGGAGUCCACAGACUGAGCGGCAGAACCAGGAGGUAGAGGACGGAGCAACCACCAGAAAAGGCUAAACCUCCAUGGAUCCAACCUCCGUGGGCCGGAGACUCCUCCGGCUCCCUUCAGGGUGUUAAAAUGUGUCAAGAGUCUCACCAACUGUGGAGAUUGAAGGAUGGCAGGAAAAAGAGGCAGUGGGUCAAACAUUCGAUCAACAAAACAGAGUUUGGGAGGACUCGCCGCUCAACGAGACAAAAGCCCGACCGCAGGAACAAUGCUGGGUGGAGACGCGGAGAGCUAUUUCUUGAACUCUCUUUGAACCUUUUUGAACUUAACAACAGAUGCCAAGAAAAAAAAUCCAUUAAAGCCAAGGACAUGGAAGCUGGUGUCUGUCCUUUUGGGGAAUGACAUCAAGAAAGUUUACAAUGACUAACAAACCAGUCGCUGAUCCAGGGUUCCUUUGUUUUCGUGAGCACACCUGGGACUCGUCUGAUUGGACGGUUUUAAAAACACAACUCACCAUCACUGAAGAUUAUAGAAUCGUUAUAUACAUCCCAGAGUCAUAUCAGCUCUGUAGUUAGUUGGGAAUUGUUUGUCAAUAUUUACUCUAGUGUUUCCUUGAUACUAAUAUGUUAUACUGCUCUGUAUCAGAGCUUGAAUCUGCUGCUCUACCGAGUCUUUAGGGCCAAUAAGCAAAUUGCUUUCUAAUUAUCAGGCAGUACUUGAAAGGGGGAGAUUGUUCACUCUUGGCACAUAUGGCCUCAGUGAAAAGAAGGUCAUCUCUUUGGGAUUUAUCUCAUAAACCAUUCGCUUUAUACAAGGUCUAUUGUCACUCACUUUCUGCUCUCAUAACAACAACAUUAGGUCUAUUGUGUUGGCCCAAGUGUUUAUUGCAUAGCUCCAGUUUAAUGUUUUGAUUUAAGAUAAGCCAGAAGGUUUCAAUGGCUUGCAGCUUGCCAAAAAAUGCAACAAUUGUUUUUCUCCCCUGACAAAUGUUCACUUAAUUCCUCUGUAAUUAGCCACUGGGAAACAAUGACUCGCGACUUGUGUUUUGCACAUCAAAAGCUAUUUGUCUGUGGCCUGCACUUUUGUAUUUGCCAUAAACGAUUUACUCCGCCGUUUUGGAUUGUAGUCAACUCACAGACACAUGGAAAUAUAAACCUUCUUUGUCCCUGAAAAUAUCCAUCCUCAAAUAUCUCAAUGCUGUAUAUGAUGGACAGUUUACCACCUUAGACAUUUACCGCUAAAUGUUGAAUUGUAUAUAUAUUAAUUCAGAGAUGUAUUUAUAUUUGUAUGAAUGAUGCACUGAACUUUUUAGGAGAAAAUAAAAACUCAAAGGAAAGAUCCCGACGCAGAA